AUGGUGCUUCUAAGAUUACUUAAUCCAGAACUGUAUUAUUCAGAUGGUCUUAACAAUACAAAUGUUGCUAUACACUACUUUGUUAGUGGUUUAAUGGUGGUGACAAGUGCUAUCGGAUUUCUUAAUAGUCUGUUAGUUAUGAACCGCAGUGCAAGCCAAAAUACAGGUCGUAACAUAACAAUCUGGCUUCUACUUGAUUCCCUGUUUGAGACUUCUCGUGUAAUAUAUGUGUUCCUUUGUGAGAUCAUAUUGAGGGGAAAAGGACCACUUCAGUUUUAUGAGUUACUGAUUAGCAUCAUACAGUAUUUACUGGACAGCUUUCUCUACUGUCAAAUGAUACUCAGGCACUAG